AUGUGGGCAAAGCGAAUGGACCUCGAUAAAGACAAUUGCACUACUGGUGAAACGCCUUUAAAGGCCGAAGACGGUAUUGAUGCUCUAGCCCCGAAUAACACAUUAGGUGUAACACAACAGAAGACAACGCUAUGGGAAUCUGCCUUUCGCCGUGCCAGCCCAUUCAUGCAUGCACGGCCGUACCAAGAGGCAUCCGUCUUCUCACUGACCUGGGGCUUCCCCGGCCCGAACCAUUGA